AUCACUUCGUCACUUGUCUUUCGUUAUUUCUUGAAAUAUGAGCAAAAAAUUGAUUUUGUAUAACCUGGACCUCAGCCCGCCGGUGCGUACAGUGAAAAUUGUAGCCAAAUUGCUCGGUUUGGAUCUUGAGCUUCGUAACAUUAACUUGCUGGAAGGUGAACAUUUGAAGGCGGCAUAUGCAAAGAUCAAUCCGGAGCGUGUGAUUCCAACACUGAUUGAUGAUGGUUUUGUCAUUUGGGAUAGUCAUGCAAUCUGUACGUAUUUAGUAGAUAAAUAUGGCAAAAACGAUGCAUUGUACCCAAAAGAUUUGCAGUUGCGUGCGCGAUGCAAUCAACGACUCUUCUUCGAUGCGGCCAGUUUGUUCGUACGAUUGCGUGACUGUUCUUAUCCAAUAUUUUUCAAAGCCGGAAAAGAAGUACCUCAAGACCGAAUCGAUCCAAUUUACAUGGCCUACGAUAUUUUGGAAGCAUUUCUGGCAUCCGAUCCAUUUUUGGUCGGCAAAAUCCUAACGAUCGCUGAUAUAAGUGUGUCAGUGACUUUGCUACCACUUGGAAUUUAUGCGCCUCUUCAGAAUGAAAAGCAUCCAAAAAUCAUAGCCUGGUUGAAACGUGUUAGCCAAACGAUUCCAUUCUUUGAUGAAGUAAAUCUAAAAUAUGUAGAAGAAGUACGUCAGCUGAUCCAUUCAACUUUGGAGAAAAACAAGCAACAGUCUUAGUUGAACACUGUUGAAAAUCAAUCAAAUAAUUUCUUUUAUUUUCGCUUUUAAUGCACUCAGCUUGCUGCUGAUUUAUCGAAGUAUUGUAUUUUAAUUUGAAGUUUGGAAUUUUAUUAUUUUUGUUCUCAUUUACAUGAACAUUAUGAGAAUCGUUCUGUAAAUUGAAUACGUUCAAUAGAUGCACCUAUCAAAUCUACUCUUUUGUGAUAAUAAAGGAAAACUAAGCACGCACAACUCAUUGAAAUGAUUGAAUUAAUUUCAUGAUCAAAAUGAAACCAACUUUGAAUCGUAAUUAAAAAAAAAUGUUCUAUUCAUCGCAUGAUGAUUGAGUUGUGUUGAUCAGUUUGUUUUGUGCAUCUGUUUCGAAAACACGAUU